GUUUGUUUCAGGAAUAUUAGAAUUUUACUUUUAUAUUUGCAGGUUUAUCCUUACAAGAGCAAAAAAAUUUGAAUGAGUAUGAGGAAUCAGAAGUAAAAGUUGAAGACUUGUUCAAAAGUAGCAAACAAAAACAGAAAACUCAAACCAAUAUCAGAGCUACUAUGGGAUAUUGGAAGUUGAUUUGGUCAGAUUUUAAGAGCUGGUAUAGAAGAUGGAGAGUAAAGAACCAAGAGACUGUUAUAUUCAAGACAUACAUUAAAAACAUGGAAGGUAACUAUGGGUCAGCAAUUGGCUCUUUGUUUGUAUUUACAAGAUGGAUCAUGUUCCUGAAUGUUCUUCUUGCUGUCAUGUGGUUGUGUCUGGUCAUCUUUCCCUCAGCCAUCUCCUUUAACUAUGAUAAGAUUCAAGGACAUUUUGCUUUUAAAAAUCUGUUGGAUGGGAAGGUAUGUUUACUGUUAAUCUUUUAGAGAAAAAUUGUAAGC